GGCAAAAAAUUGCACCUUGUUAUUAUUGUUAUUGGCCAUUUUUCACUAGGAUAUUACAAUUUCAAAGUGCCAAUGACAGAGGGCACUUGUUGUGGUGAUGGGGAAAAGGUCUCUGAUGAAAUUGAGCUAGAUCUUGAGGGUGCUAUUACUAGUGCGCUAGAAGGGAUAUUUGGUGGUGGUGAAAAGACGGACAUGCAGGAAAGCAAGGUUGGAAAUGAACAAACUAUUUAUUUAACAAGUGAUAACAACACUGCUACAAGAGGUGAGAACAAUAUUGCUACAAGAGGUGAUAACAACACUCUCCCUGCAAGAGGUGGGAACAACACUGCUACAAGAGGUGAGAACAAUACCCCCCCUACACAAGAUGGGAACAACACUCCCCCUACAAGAGGUGGGAACAACACCCCCCCUACACAAGGUGAGAACAACAAUCCCCCUACACAAGGUGGGAACAACACUCCCCCUACACAAGGUGAGAACAACACUCCCCCUACACAAGGUGAGGAGCCCCCCCAGAAAAAAGAAUCUCAUUCGCAAAGCUCUCCAAGUGCUGGCUCAAACGAUAUUGAUGACGAACUAAACAAUGCUAUUGGAGAUGCCUUAAGUGGGUUUUUCCAAGCACAUGCUGGUCUGCCGCAAAAAAAGUCUCAUGAUAUUGAUGAAAGCACAGAAGCAAGGGGUGAGAAGAGCACUUUACAGUCUACCAAAACUGAUUCUCAGCUAACUUUGCACGAAGCAACAUCUCCAAGCAAGCACGCUGGUGGCUAUCAGGAACCCGAUAUGGAGGAUAGUUUAGAUGAUAGUUUGGAGGAUGCGAUUGGCUCUGCUUUGAACCAAGUUUUCGGAAAGGGUGGCGAUGAUGAUGGUGGGAGAAGUAUCUCUCGGCAAGAAACCAACCCAUUUACUCCAACACAUAUAGCUUCUGAUACACAAACCAUUCUGAGACUGGCAAUUUCCGAUGAUGCUGCCGAAUCAAACACCAACAAUGAUACCGACAGCAUAGAAGGUAUUGAUAUGGAUCUCGAUGCAGCCAUAGGAGACGCAUUUACACAAAUUAUGCUGUUGCAAUCUCAGUCCAAUAUCAACGGUGAUUCAUUCUCGAAGGCCCAAAAUCUCCGCGAGAGUGAUAAUAAAAAGGAUGCAAUUACAGCCUUUGAUAAAAAUGACAAAGUCAACCUGCAGCUUACUCUUACUGGCCAAUUAGAGAAUAAGUUCAAUGAUCAAGAUUUAAGUGAAGUAAUUGCACAAUCUUUGAAACAGGUAUUACUAACGUCGAAAAGUAAUCCCACUGACAGCGAAGAUAUUGAUUAUGCAAUUUCAAAUGCAUUCAAAGCUGCAAUGCAUGCCGCAGAAAAUGCAGAAAAAUCAUCUAAUUUAUACUCGACUCUGAUACAACAACAACAUCCUAACCAAAAAGACAAUAACAAGAUAAUUACUAAUAACUCAGUCAAUGAGAUAUCUAAAAAUUUAGGAAACUCUUCAAAACAUUUCGACACCACCUCCAAAACGGCAGCUGUUCAGCAAGCUACAAAAGUGCAACGAGAACAUGAAAUACACGAAAAUGCAAAUUGGAAGAAUGCGGAGAAAGCAAUCCUUGAAAAGAGUACAACAGAUAUUGAACCAAAGGGAGUAUCCUCUUCACUGCAAAGUCAAGGCUCGAUUGAUUUGGAGCUGUUACAAAUGAAUGACAUUUUAAGAGAGGCUCUAAAAAUGGCAGCAGAAAACUCGAACGAGCUUCUUUCAGAAUUGGAGAUUGGUGACACUAUGAUGGAGUCACACCUUGAACUUGGCGGUACUGACCAAACUAAUAUCACAAAGAAAGAUUCUCCGAUAAAUGAAAAGAUUGACAAUAAACUGUCAACGAAAAUAUCUGAGUCAAACACGCUGGCGCUGACACUGACACUGACACUGACACUGGUACCGGAACCACUUCAUCUAGAAGCACCAGCUUCUGAAAAUAAUUUACAAGGAAACUCAACUCUGGUUCCAAUUCAAACGACACUGAGGCCUACUGUCUAUUAUGACUCUCGAAAAGCAAUGUCCCCAAUAAAAACAAAAACACCAACAUCACCAUCAACAGCAACAACAACUGCAGCAACAACGGCAACAGCAACUGCAGCAACAACAACUGCAGCAACAACAACAUCUACUGCAACUACAACAACAUCUACGAUAACUACAACAGCAAGAGCAACAACUAGGAAAUCGAUAUUUUCAAACUCCGAUAUAAAAUCACAAAUAUCCUUAGUAAUGAACUCGUUGACCUCCAAAAUAAAUAGUGGUGAGUUGGCAGAUUCCCAAAUUCUCCCUGCUAUCCGACAAAUAACGGAGGAAAUUGCUGCUGGUGGUUUUCUAUCGCAAAUCUUCAAAAAGCCAUUGACUAUUGACCAUUUUGAGACUGGAUAUAAUACAGCCGAGCGCAAAAACUUAUUUUCUUCAAUCCAGUUGGCUUUGACUUUUUUGAGGAAGUAUCUGGAGGGUGAGCCUAGUCAAAAUAAGGCGGAGUUUGUUUUGCAAAACUUUUUGAAUCAAUUUGAUAAUGCUCUCUUACCAGAAGUAGAGAAUUUGGUGGAGGAAAGAGCAGAAUACUUGUCUACUGUGUGCAACUCAACGUUAAAUGCAAUUGUUGCUUUCGCACCCUCGGCCACAUGUACGUCUGAUCUCAUCUCCGUCAUCGAUAAAUUUCGGAAUAAUUCACCCGAGUCGCGGAAAAGAACAAGACUUGGAAAUAGAGAACGAAAGAAGCGGUGGAGAGAGGAGAAUUUUGAGAGAAACAAAGAUAACGAAUUGAAAAUGAGGGUUUUAAAAACAGCAAAUAAAAAGUUUGGCAUUGAUGAAACGAGCGAAAAACAGGCUUGGAUUGAAAAUGAAAUAGUAAAGCGCAAAGCCAAGCGCCUGUUAAAACCAAACUGCGAUGAAGAGAGGCCAGAGAGUGAGGUAGACAAUAAGCUUGAUAACAGCAACUCGACUGCCACUGGUGACAAGGAUAAAACCGUGCUUAAAAUAGUUCAAGAUGAAAAUCUUUUAAAGCCGAUAUAUGACAUUUUCAACUUUUUAUACUUUGACUCAGGCGGUAAUAAAACUUCAGCCCAAAUAAUUUCAACUGCAGCUAUGGUAGCUUCUAUAUCCUUGACUUAUUGUGAUAACAAUCUGUUGGAAGUUAGCCAGACAAAAGUGCUGGAGGCGAUUGAGAUAGUAGUCAAAAGUGUUUUGGAGCGGCUACAUAUCAGGUUCAGUUCUUUUAAGGAAAAACGCCUUUCCGAAUCGUUGCCGGUCAAUGAUACAAAACGGCACUUGUCUGAGAUUGUUAACAAUUCAAAACGCGUCAAAGUUAAUAAUGACGUACAAUUAAUCACUGCCCUGCAAGGGUGGAAACCCCCCAAAAAAAUGGAUACAUCAAGUAUCAAAGAUGUGACUUGCUCUAGGCCAAGUUUACAGCUUCCGCGUACUUCACCUUUUAUUUCUCACAAAGUGACAUCCAAUCUUGAACCAGAUAUAUUGCGAAUGAAAAAGGAGCCGGGAACAUUUUUAAAGCCCAAAGCAUUUAGAAGACCUCAACAUGAGCGAAACAACUCUUCAAGCUUUGGAUUCCCAAAACUCUUUUCUACUUGA